AGUAUUGCUGUCACAAACAUUUACUCAUAAAAAAGCAGGUACGUGGUUUUUUCUUCAACAUGUAAAUGCAAAAUAUCGAUAAUCUAAUCUUUAUAGGCUUUGUAUGAUUUUUGCUAGGUAUAUUUGCCAAGUUGGUCAAUUUAGUGACUCUAAAGAGUCUUUGAUUUGUUAUUGUUACAUUAACAUUGUAUGUGAAAAAAGAAAAGAAAAAAAUACAGUUUUGUAGCAUAAUGUGAUUCACUUUUUUGGGAGGGGGGUCAUUGCAUAAUCCCGCUUUAACAUUUUUUUUCUACCAAAGCAAUACCAAAUUUAUCAACAAAAUAGCCCCAAACAUGUCAACAAUUUCAAAGAAGGAAAAAGAAGCAUUAGAAAUAAAAGAGUCCUUUGAUUUCAUUGACGAGGACAAGGAUGGUUUGAUACAAGUGGAGGACAUUGUUCGUGGGAUACAUAUCCUGGGUUUAAAGCCCACUAGCAAGGAGGUCGAUAAGAUAAUUGCGGACCUAAAUGCCUUAGAAAAGCAAUCUAUGGACUUUAGCACUUAUGAUCAGUUCAUGAAAAAGAAACUUAAAGAGGUGAACUAUGAACAUAAUCUGUUUAAGAAGUCAUUCAAGAAAUUUGAUAAGGACGGCGAUGGCUUCGUCACUUUUGAGGAGCUGAAGAGUGGCCUCAAAGGUAUGGGAACCCGUAUGUCUGAUGGAGAGGUUCAACGUUAUUUUGAAGAAGCUGAUAUCGAUAAAGAUGGCAAGAUAGACUAUGACGAAUUUGUGAAAUGGUUUUCAAAUAUGUAGAUUCAACUGACAAGACUAUAAAUCAUAAUAAUCAUUAUUCAUUGUUUUCAAGAAUAUGUAUAGCUUUCUAAAUAUAAAUAAUAUAUAAAUUUUUUCUAUGUGUAUAUUAUCAGUAAACUUUGUAAUGAUGCACAAUGUUA